AUGGUGCUGGCUAAAUCCAAGAACAAUGUGGGGCUGGGAAGCAGUCUCAUGAAUGACCGCUUUGGCAAGGGCAAAGCGUCUAGCCAGAAGAAGGUCUCUCACAACAAUUCUAUUGCGCGAAAGGGCAUGGAUGGUGAGACCUACGUUACCAACGAAGCCAAGGAGGCAUCAUGGGUGAAGAUGCGCUCUAUCACCGAGCAGGCCGCUCUCGACGAAUUCCUGAGCACUGCUGAACUCGCCGGAACCGAUUUUACCGCUGAAAAAAUCAACAACGUUAAGAUUAUUCAUUCCGACCAGAAGAAUCCCUUCCUCCUCACUCCUACCGAGGAGAAGAACGCCGUCAAGAAGCACCAGAAGAACAAGGGUAGAUUGACCGUGCCCCGACGACCCAAGUGGGACCAAUCUACAACUCGCAAUGAAUUGGAAGCUAUGGAAAAACAAAGCCUGUUGGACUGGCGGCGAGGACUGGCGGAGUUGCAGGAGUACCAUGAUCUUCUUAUGACUCCCUUCGAGCGCAACUUGGAGGUCUGGCGUCAGUUGUGGCGUGUUAUUGAGCGAUCCGAUCUGGUCGUCCAGAUUGUCGAUGCUCGUAACCCGCUGCAGUUCCGUUCCGAAGAUUUGGAGACCUACGUCAAGGAGAUUGACCCGCGAAAGAAGAAUUUGCUGUUGGUCAACAAGGCCGAUAUGUUGACUCUCAAGCAAAGAGAGGCCUGGGCCGAGUACUUUGAGCGGAACAACAUUAACUUCCGUUUCUUCUCCGCUCACCUCGCAAAGGAGAAGAUCGAGGCUGCCCUUGCGGAAGCAGAGGCUCAGGGGAAUGAGGAACUUGCCAACAAGAUCAAGGACAUGAGUGUUGGUGAAGGCGAGGAUGAUGGAUACCGCAAGGAGGACACAGUGGAAGAAGAAAAGGCCAAGCUCGCCGACCCAGAUCGCUCGCUUGGUCCUCACAUCUUGGACACAGAAGAACUGGAAGAGCUAUUUUUGGCCAACGCUAUUGAAAAGCCACAAGACGACGAGUCUGGCGAGCAGCCCAAGCAUAAGACCACAAUCGGUCUCGUUGGAUACCCUAACGUUGGUAAGUCCAGCACAAUCAACGCCUUGCUCGGUGCCAAGAAGGUUUCCGUCUCUGCGACUCCUGGUAAGACCAAGCACUUCCAGACCUUGUACCUAUCACCCGAGAUCAUGCUCUGCGAUUGUCCUGGUCUGGUGUUCCCCAACUUCGCUACUACCAAGGCCGAGCUUGUCGUCAACGGUGUGCUGCCCAUUGAUCAGCAGCGUGAGUUCACCGGUCCCGCCGGCCUCGUUGCCAAGCGUGUUCCCAAGCACUUCAUCGAACAAGUGUACGGUGUCAAGCUGCGCAUGCGCCCCAUCGAAGAAGGUGGUACUGGCAUCCCAACUGCCAGCGAGAUUCUCCGUGCAUACGCUCGUGCUCGUGGUUUCUCUACUCAGGGUCUUGGUCAGCCAGAUGAGUCUCGCGCUGCCCGUUACGUUCUGAAGGAUUACGUCAACGGAAAACUCCUCUACGUCCACCCACCCCCGACCGCGGAGGGUGAGGCUUCCAUCGAUGUGAACGAGUUUAACAAAGAGCUCUAUGACAUUAACCAUCUCCCCGAAAGACGUCGCAACCAGCUCUCACAAGCCCAGAUUGGCAAGCCAGCUUCACCGGCCAUGGUCAAAGAUGACAUUGACGCGGAUGUCCUUGCCGCCCCGUCUAGUGUGCCCACAGUGGAGCCUGAGCUCGGCCGUACCUCGCGCAACCUCGACUCCGGUUUCUUCGGCACAGCGACUGGCCCUUCUGCCGGUCGCAUGACUCUCCCCUUCCAGUCUCAGUACACCAAGCAGGGCCAGGAGAUUCGCAAGGCACCCACAGGCCGCAAAGAGCGUAUGAUGGUUGCUCUAGAGCGUGGCGUGGAUGUCUCUGAGGUGCGGAGCGCUAACUCCAAGAAGCACUUCAAGGCGAACAAGAAGGCGGCCAAGAAGAUCCGCAACAACCCUGAAGAUGACGACUACUAA